GGGCGCGGGGCGGGGCGGGGGCGGAGGUGGCACCUUCCGGGCUCGCCCCAGCCGUGGUCCAGCGCUGAUUCAGGUACUUAACACCCCGGAGCCCCGGACCUCGGCUUUCAAAGCGGCCCGGGUGGGGAGAGCUGUUUAUAUAAACAGGGAUUCUGCUGUAAAUGCGCUAAUAUCCCCGCGGCCUGCGCAUGGCGAGCGCCUCCCACGCCCAUCUGUAGGAGCGGCGUCCCCGGCCGCCCCUCGGCCCCCAGUCUGCCCUGCCCCUGCCCCCGCCUCCGUCCCCUCCGCGGCCAUGGCCACCUCUGGACGCCUCAGCUUCACCGUGCGCAGCCUCCUGGAUCUGCCGGAGCAGGACGCGCAGCACCUGCCUCGGCGGGAACCAGAGCCGCGCGGCCCCCGGCCCACCCCCUGCUCCGCCUGGCUGGAGUCGGAGCGCGGCCACUACCCCUCCUCGGACGAGAGCAGCCCGGAGACCGGCCCGCCUGACUUGUCGCAGCGGCCGUCCGCCCUGCCCGCGUCUCCGGGUUCAGACGCCGAGAAGAGGAAGAAGCGGCGAGUGCUGUUCUCCAAGGCGCAGACGCUGGAGCUGGAGCGGCGCUUCCGGCAGCAGCGCUACCUGUCGGCGCCCGAGCGCGAGCAGCUGGCGCGCCUGCUGCGCCUCACGCCCACGCAAGUCAAGAUCUGGUUCCAGAACCAUCGCUACAAACUGAAGCGCGCGCGCGCACCGGGGACCGCCGAGCCGUCCGACCUGGCCGCCUGCGCGGAGCUGCACGGCGCGCCCAGCCUGCUGCGCCGAGUGGUGGUGCCGGUGCUGGUGCGUGACGGGCAGCCGUGCGGCGGCGGCGAGCCAGGCACCGCUGCAGCCCAGGACAAGUGCGGCGCGCCCGGGGCCGCCGCCUGCCCCCUGCCGGGCUACACCGCCUUCGGGCCCGGCUCGGCGCUCGGCCUCUUUCCCGCCUACCAGCACUUAGCGUCCCCAGCCCUAGUCUCCUGGAACUGGUGAGGCCGCCGUGGGGGGCAGUCAGGGCUACCUGCAAACUUUUGGCGCUGCUCCUUGGCCGCAGCAAGGGCCACAGUCCAACAUCUGGAGCCCUGGGGGCCGCCUCCGUGCGGGCUGCACCUGCCAGGGCGCCAGGAUCCCCUGGUCAGCCCGCAGCAGCCGUGGCCAAAGCCUAGCAGGGACCUCUCGCCCAGCUCUCCCCUUUGCCUUGCCCUGGACCGCCAACCCCAGAGCUAGGUUUUAUUGCUCGAGUGUUGUUUGUAUAUUUUUAAAUAGCGGUUUGUAUGGGAAGCAACUUAUUUUU